AGUGAGAAGGCUGUGAAGUUUAUGAUAAAAAAUUAUUUAUGUACGACUGACAUUCUUAUCUGUCAAUGCGUCAAUGUGCCUCGUGUGUUUCGGAAAGAAUAUCUCAGAAAUAAAUGCGUGUUGUUCACCUUCAGAUUUUUCUUCGUAGGUGGAAUGUCAGCUGAAUCUUAUUAAUUUCUGAAGACAUAUAUUUAUGAUGAACCAUUGAAGUAUGUCGAAGGACAACAAAUCUGGUUGAAGGGUUGGGUAAAGUAAAAAUUCUUCAUUGAAACUUUGAAUUUAAAAAAUCAUGUCUACUUCAACAACUCCGGCAACCCCUGAUAGUCUCUCCAAGUCAAAGAGACCUUCUGAUAGUGCAUUCAAACAGCAAAGACUUCCAGCAUGGCAGCCUAUACUUACUGCCGGUACAGUACUCCCUACGUUCUUUGUUAUUGGCAUAGCCUUUAUUCCUGUCGGUGUCGUCCUUCUCCAUUUCUCAGAUAAGGUGCAGGAGAUUACUAUUGACUACACAGAUUGCAACAGUACUUCUCCGGGUGUGCCACAGAAGUGCUCAGAUAUUUUGCAAUCAGAAAAGCACUGUGAGUGCAAAUUGGAGUUCAAACUAGAGCAUGACUUUGAAGGGAAAGUUUAUAUGUAUUAUGGUCUCACAAAUUUUUAUCAAAACCACCGUCGCUAUGUGAAGUCAAGAGAUGACAACCAGCUGUUGGGUAGACUGAGCACAACUCCUGCAUAUGAUUGUAUGCCAUUUAAUUACAACAACAAUGUCUCUGGAGAGCCUCCUAAACCAAUUGCACCCUGUGGAGCAAUAGCCAAUUCUCUCUUCAGUGAUAACCUAACCAUCAUCAAUCAGAAUGGAGACUUAGUACCUCUCAAUAAAACUGGAAUUGCUUGGAAUUCUGAUAAGAAUCAUAAAUUCCGCAAUCCAAAGCUAGACCCUGAUGAGCCUGACAAAUUUUCGGCUCUGGAGAAAGCAUUCAAAGGGUAUGCAAAGCCUAAUUUGUGGCAGAAAAAUGUUUGGGAGCUAGAUCUUGAGGACCCUGAUAACAAUGGCUUCCAAAAUGAAGAUCUCAUUGUGUGGAUGCGAACAGCUGCUCUGCCAACAUUCCGCAAGUUGUACAGGCGCAUUGAUCACAGUAAAGUAGGUUACAAGGACGGAUUACCUAAAGGAAACUACACACUCCGAGUAGAAUACAAUUAUCAGGUUGCCUCAUUCGAUGGAAGGAAAAGAAUGAUACUCUCUACCAUAUCACCACUGGGAGGUAAAAAUCCAUUUUUAGGCAUUGCAUAUAUUGUUGUUGGCUGCAUUUGUCUCCUGCUUGGUAUUGUUUUCCUUUUCAUCCACAUAAAAUGUGGUAAAAGCACUGCUGAUGUCAUCAAUGUGAAUCCCAGAACUCCAUAUUAAGCAAUGCAUCUGUUAAAAAAGACUAGCAGUGGUCUAUGCUUUUCUAAAUGUUGCUUAAAUUUUAGCUUUUUAUUUUCCAUUAUUUUCAUAUGGACUUAUUUUGGGAGUCUACAAUUCCAUCUCUCCUGUCGGUUUUUAGAGAAGAUUCUCCAACAUCAAUGAAUUAAAAAUACCUAAUUCUUGUAUACUUAAUUUGGGGUACCUUUUGGUGGGAUUGAUAAAGCAAUGUUUGUUGCAGGAUUAUUUCUUUCUUUCCUUUUUUAGGUUCCUAUGGCUAUUUCAUAGCCUAGAUUUUUUUUUUCAAAUCGGAGCACGACGUAGACCUUAAACUGUGUUUACAAUUUCUCUAAACAGUUGACAAGUUACUGCUUGUUCUGUUGCAUAUUUUUUGUGAGACUAUAUUUUCAAACUUUGAUUGCCCUCUUUAUUUAAAAUAGUUUUGUUCUGUAUUUUUACCUUUAUGCUGUACUGUAUUUCAGAAGACUUUAAAUGAAUAUUUUGUGAUCAAGGGCACUGUAGGGCAUGUUUCCCAAUACCAACUAUAUAUUUCAGUACUUAUCAUGGAAGUUUUACACUCUUUUUCUAUCGCCUAUCGCACUGUCAUAUUUUUGUUAUUUUUAGAGAGUUGUUCACAUUAAAGUCUCUAAGGAGGCAAUUCCUAAUUUUAACCUCUUGUCAUGUGUAGUCACGAAUACUUAGUUUGUGUUAGAAGUUUGAAAGCUUAAAAGAACCCACAACUUUUUAAAAUAUAUAUUUUGGUUACAUUAAGAACUAUUGGAAAAAAUCGUUUUCAUCUUUAAAUGGUACAGUGGCUGGAAGAUAAGUUCUUUCAAUAGUAAAUAGAUGAAAGAUAGGAAUACACGUCAAAUCAUUGUCUUUUAGUGAUAGGGUUUUAUUGACAACAUUUACACAUUGUUAUAUUGAAUGAAAAUGUUAUUGCCUGUUAAUUUUGUUAUUCUGUGUUAUGCUAUUAAGAGCUAUAGUUACCUACUUUUAAUUUUGUCUCUGUGAUUUCCUUAUGAUUACUAAAUUGAAUGUGGUUUCUAAGGCAUGAUUAUUAUUAUUUGUAUGUGCUCCAUAAUGUGAUGGCUUUGAAAUAAACCUGAAAGAAUA